AUGGACGGACGUCGUGGUGCCUUCAUUUUCAUCCUCCUCUUCUUCCUCUUCACGGCUCCCAAUCCUCACCCGCCGUCCUCAGUCUCGAUACGCGAUUAUAAACGCCGGCUAGCAGACGAAGAGCGCGCCCUUGUUUCGUUAAAUACCUCCAGUUAUGGCGAUUUAGAUCCGCAGGCCGGCAGAUGGCUUCCUCUUGCCGGCCUGAGAGACACGGAUGGAUACGCAUGGAGCCUGCUCCCAUCAGUCCAGGAGAAGGCAAGGAAACAAUUACAGUUGGCACUCGACGCUUCAGGCACCCUUGCUUCAGAUAAAAUAUCAUCGAGUACGAAUAUCACGAGUCUCUCUCUCCCAGUUUAUCGAAAUGUAUCGGGCAAAGUUCGCGGCGAAUGGGUUCGGUCCGGCGAGACGGAGAAGCUGAGUCGGCCAAAGCUGAAUCUCACUACCAUCGUCACGGAGCAUGAGUAUUUUACUCGAGAUUUUGGCCAUAAUGUUACCGCCCAAACCGGUCGUAUUAUCUUGAACUUACAUGAGGGCCAAGGGCUUUCAUUAGGCGCGGACGGCAGCGAUGACAAGGGGGUCAAGGAGAUCAAGGCAGAUAUGAUUCUGCGGAGUGACAAGUCCCUUGGAGAGAGCUGGCUUAUACCCCUAUAUGGAGUGCAUUUUCCAGCAUCUGGAGGAGUAAUUCUCACAACGGCAAGCGAGAAGUUCGCUGGUCUUGCGUCAAUACCACACUUUGCUCUGUCGAACGACACGUUUGAGCUCUCUCGUGAGUUGCUUAACAAGUCGCUCACGACUGCACUUUGGGAUAGAUACAACCAACCUGCCAGCUUUUUGCCAUGGUCCUCUCUUUCCCAAGGACCAAAUUCAGUUGCGUUUCCCGCGCCCAAUUGCGAAUAUGUCAUGUACCUACAGCAGCAUGCUCUUACCGUUGGCGGGAAGCCCAUCCCGGAUUCGGUUUUAAAGAAUGUUGAACAGGAACUUCGGUUCCCUAUUGGAGCGCCCAUUCCGAAUCCGCCCUCACUGGUGAUGUCUGGUGUCAUAUUUUCUCCAGACUGUGGUUUCGUCCUCGAAACCAAAGGAUCGCCGGAAUACCCUCCGACAGACGAUCUAUAUCUAGUUGGAUUGAAACAAGAAGAAUAUAAUAUUGCUGUUGAUGAAGCAGAUGAAAGAGUCUUCGACACCAUCAACCAGAAGCAGACUGCGUCGUUCCUCGCAUUCUUUGGAGUCAGCUUUCUAGGCAUGAAAUUUCAGAUUGAGAUAUGGUUGGUACAAGCACCGGAACGAAGGGAACAGCAGCAGCAGCAGCAGCAGCAGGCUGCCGCAGCUCGACCAGCUCCUACAACUCUGCCGCUGCCAGUGACGGCACCACGGCCAGCUGACACCGGCGCAACGCCCAUUAUCCUCCCUCCAGACCAGGAUACAAACCCUGGAACAGCGAAUGACACGCCACCAGACCAAAAUGACGAUACAGCCAAUGCGGGUGCAAUGUAUUCGCGCUUCUAUUUUCUCCUGUUCAGUUUACUCUUCUUCUCAUCAUGGGCGCUCUUCUGGCCCAGUCGCCUCCGAACUAUAUACGCUAAUACCCUCUCAUUCAUUUACCUCUCAUUCUGGACGCCACAGAUUUAUCGAAAUGUUAUAAGGAAUUGCCGCAAGGCGCUUAGGUGGGAGUUUGUUGUUGGACAAAGCCUUCUCCGCCUAUUUCCUUUCUUGUAUUUCUACUUCAUACCCCAGAACGUCCUGCUGAUCCGAGCUGAUGGGAUUACAACCCUUUUACUCACAUCUUGGGUUUGGCUCCAAGUUUGGAGCCUCGUGAGCCAGGACAUACUUGGCCCACGCUUUUUUAUCCCUAAGAGCUGGGUACCACCCGCCUACGAUUACCAUCCAGUCUUACGGGACGCAUCUGCCUCUGGUUCCGCUGAUGAUCUAGAGGCAGGAGACACUUUACCAAUUUCGUCACUCCGUGCCGAGCAGGGAGACACCCCCUCAACUUCGAGAGAGGGAGAUAAGGAGACGGACGUUCACCAGAAUAGGAGGAAUUUCAGUUGUGCCAUAUGCAUGCAAGAUAUCAACGUCCCAGUUGUUACUUCCGGAGGCGAUGCCCGCGCUGGAUCUAGCGUGACAUCCGGUGCAACGCAUAUAUUCAGUCGCCGUGCCUAUAUGGUAACCCCUUGCCGGCAUAUCUUCCACUCCCAGUGUCUGGAAACAUGGAUGCGGCUGAGGCUGCAGUGUCCCAUCUGCCGAGAAUCAAUACCACCAAUUUGA